AUGGAGCUUCCGCAGCCACCACAAGAUCAAGAUCUUCGCAACAUAAUUGACAAACUCGCCCAGUUUGUCGCUAGAAAUGGACCUGAAUUCGAGAAAAUGACCAAGAAUAAACAAAAAAACAAUCCAAAAUUCAGUUUCCUUUAUGGCGGAGAAUACUUCAACUACUACCAGUACAAAGUGACAACGGAGCAAGCAAUUCUAAAGCAAUCGGCCGGUGGCCAGGCGGCACCCGCGCCCGCCGGGGCUUAUAUGGCACAGAACAGGCAAUAUGUAAUGCCCCAACAGGCCAGCGCGACGCCGGCACAGCUGGGCCUAGCAGCGUCGAUGGCGGUGGCACCCGCGCUCCAGCAGUGGCUGGCAGCCAACUCGGCGCCGCCCGGCUCUACGCAGCACUCACAUCAUGACCUCGACAACAUCUCUGCCCAGAUCAACAUGCUCAAAGAGCAGAUUACUCAGUCUGAGAAUAAUCUCAAUGCACAACACACGGUGUUGAUUCAACAACAGCAAGCCAAGGUCAACGAGUUGGUCAGCAAGGCUCAAGUGGAGACUAUCCAGAUGAUGGCAGAAGAGAACAAUGUCAGCCUCAGUGAACUGGACACCAUAUUGCAGCCAAUCAUUGACACAUGCACAAAAGAUAGCAUAUCUUCUGGCAAAGGCUGGAUUUUACAGCACGCAUCGACACAUGACGCGGGAAAAGUCAUAUCUCAACAUCUGCUCCGGAAAGUGACCCAGCCGGGCGCCGCUUUCACACAGAAACUUCACAUCAUUUAUCUUGUGAAUGAUGUGCUACACCAUUGUGCACGCAAAAACGCAGAAGAUCUCAAGAAAAAUUUGGAAAAUGUGGUGGUUCCAAUGUUUUGCAAUGCCAGUAUAGCCGUUACGGAAGAACAGGAGGCUAAACUUAACAAAUUGCUGCGCCUUUGGGAAUCCAAGUCUAACUAUUUCGAGACAGCAGUUAUAGAGAAAAUGAAGAGUCCAACCAGCUCAUAUCAAGAGUACCAGAACAAUCUAAUCUCACAGCACUCAAAUGCUAUUGCACACUUAACACAGCAAACUAAAUCUACAUUUGAAAAUUACCAAACCCAACAUCAAGCUUUUGUGGCACACACAAUGCAACAGAUUCAGCAAUUAGAAAUGCAGAAACAUGCAAUAGAAAUGCAAAAUAGUCAUGAUCAGAAUAAAGACAACAUGCAACAACAAAAUAAUAUGCAAAAUAGUUUUUCAAAUAAUAGUUUUAAUGAUCAGAGUUUUCCGCAAAUGGGUAGUUAUGAUCAUAAUUUUUCAAAUAACCAACAGUAUGGCAGUGAUAAUGGUGACAAUUAUGUAUCAAAUAACAGUAUGAGUGGCAAUGAAAACAGUUAUGACAGUCAAACUUUUGAUCAGAUUACAAGUCAAAAGAAGAAUGAAGUGAUUGAGGAGCCCCAUUUGUCUAAUCUUCCAAACAUAAAUUUCUCACAACCCCCCCCUGGGUUCCAGCCAAAUGAGUCAGCACUAUUAGCAUUCCAGAAUGGUCUUCCAGAUCUGAGUAAACCACCGCCUGGCUUCCCUGUAUUCCAAGAAAUAAAUAAUGAAGAAUUGAUGCCUUCUGUACCAUACUUCGAAUUGCCAGCUGGAUUGAUGGUACCUCUUAUAAUGUUAGAAGAAGACAGAUACAGGCCACUAGAUCCCGCAAAGAUUCGUUUGCCUCCACCUGCUCCUCCUAAUGAGAGAUUAUUAGCGGCUGUUGACGCGUUCUACGCCUCACCUAACCAUGAACGACCUAGAGACAAUGAAGGCUGGGAAAAACUUGGUCUCUAUGAGUACUAUAAAGCCAAAAAUUCUGCUAGAAAAAUGAAAGAAGAAGCCAUUUCACAAGGGUUCCGAGAAAAAUCCAAAUCCCCUAGUCCUAUACCGAAAGAUUUACAGAAACAACCCACCCCACCAGGCAGAAGAUACAGAUCAAAAAGUAAAACCCCAGAGAAACCUUCACCAGUGAGAUCAAGAUCUAAAUCAUUAUCACCACGUCGGAAGUCAACAUCAUCAUCAACAUCAUGGAGAAGAGACAGAGAAAGGGACAAUCGAGAGAGUCGGCGUCGGUCAAGGUCCAGAUCAAGAUCACGAUCGCGAAGCAAGUCACGGGAGCGUGAUCGACAUCGGGAAUCUCCGAGAUCACGUCGCGUCGAACGUUCUCGAUCACCUACACCGCCUAGCUUUUUGGGAGGAGCAUACCCCAGCGCGUCGACGUCAGGUUUAGACUCGAGCAACAAAGGCCACCAGUUACUGCAGAAGAUGGGUUGGCAAGCAGGUGGGCUGGGCGCGUCUGGACAGGGAAUUGCUGAGCCAAUCAGCGGCGGAAUUGUUCGAGACAGACAGGAUCAAUAUAAAGGUGUCGGCGUAAAUCUUAACGACCCUUACGAAAACUUCAGAAAGAACAAAGGGGCUGCAUUUAUAACGAGAAUGAAGGAAAGGGCACUAGAGCGCUCAUCGUGA